GUUGUUUUCUGGCGGGAAAGCGCACGUGGCGCGGCGCGCGGCGAGGUGCGACGACCGUGAGAAGCAAACAUUUCCAAUAUGGCGAACGCGAGGGACAGCAGGGACACAUCGUUGUGGCUGCAUAACAAACUCGGUACGUCGAACGAUAGCUGGACCGGCAGUUCGAUUUGCUCGCAGCUCAAUGCCGAGGUUCUGCGGAACAUCAAGGACUGUUUUCCCGACCUGCAGACGCAGGUCAAGCUCAAACUGCUACUCUCGUUCUUCCACAUACCCAGACGGAAUGUCGAGGAGUGGCGUGUGGAACUGGAAGAAAUUAUUGAGGUUGCGAUAUUGGACGGGGAGCUAUGGGUAUCAAUGUUAUCCGAAGCGAUGAAGACUUUCCCAUCGACAGGUUCAUUGAAUACGGACAUUAGCGACUUAGAAGAACACAGACCAAUCUUUGGCGAGUUGGUCAAUGAUCUGCGGAAACUGCUGAAAAAGCAGAACGAUCCAGCUAUGCUUCCUCUGGAGUGUCACUAUCUCAACAAGGCUGCGUUGGCCUCGGUGGUAGGUCAGCAACCUACACCGGUCAAACACUUCACUAUUAAGAGGAAGCCAAAGAGCGCAGCCUUGAGACAAGAAUUACUCCAAAAGAGUACAGACGCUGCUAAUAAUUUCAAAAAGAGCACAGCUCCCACUGUACCUGUAAGAAGCCGUGGAAUGCCGAGAAAAAUGACUGAUACGACGCCCCUCAAAGGCAUUCCCAGCAGGGUCCCGACGAGCGGUUUUCGCUCCUCUUCGCUCACCAGUUCAACCAUGUCCAACAGGACACCGAUUAGCAGUAGGAUGCGAAAGGACGGUGGUAUUAAGUUGUUGGACAUUAAUGAACAACCUCUCGGAUACGCUCAGGCGAAGAAGAGGAAAAAGAUGCUGGAGUUGGAGGAGCAGCAGAAGAAGGUCGCAGAGGCGCAAGCGACGGCUACGACCGCUGCCACGGCUCCGGCCGCUUCGCCGGUCAUCGAUACUCCGGUGACGCCGGAGUACGCGCAAGGACUGGCUCCGAUAAAUCCACCCGCCACUCCGGUCGCACCUCCAGUGGCCACCGUGGCACAGUCUUACGUUGCGCCUAAUACACCGAGCAACAUUGUCGUCACGACUACACCAACAACGCCUACCACGAUAACAGCACCUACGACACCUACUACACCUACAGCUGUAAUACCGCCAGCUGUAGUUACGACAACGGUGAUAACACCUGUGGAGAGCACACCUGUCGCCGUGCAAACGAUCAGACCGACUCAGACGGUCACGCAGAUUCGUAUACAGACCACCACGCAGUCCGGUGCGGCAGCUAAUACGAGAAAAGGCCUGUCUCUCACGCGAGAACAAAUGUUGGAGGCACAGGAGAUGUUCAGAACCGCGAAUAAAGUAACGCGUCCUGAGAAAGCCCUCAUCCUAGGUUUCAUGGCCGGCUCCAGGGACAAUCCUUGCCCGAAAUUGGGUAACAUAGUCACAGUGAUGUUGUCGGAGAACGUAGAAGAAGUAACGCAGGCGGAUGGCACGACCGUUCAGAUGUUGGUGGAGACCCACUUCCAGAUGAAUUAUAUGAACGGCGAAUGGAAGAGGAUAAAGAAGAAUCGGCGUGUCGUGACGGAAGAGACUGCCGCGUCGGCCUCUGCCGCUCCUACUCCCGCUCCAAACGCGACCGCCACGGCUUCCAAUUAAAUAAACAAUUUGUUUGAACUGACGUAACGCGUACAAUCGUGAGACGCAGCAUUCCCGCGUUCACUGAGGGAUAACGCACAUUGUGAUGAUUCGUCUUCUCAGCGAUUGAUUAAGGAAGGUGGCUGUUUCGGAAAAUAAAUCCGUGUCUCUGUAAAGUCUAGCGGAUAUCGUUGCAUAACGCAGCUCUCGAUUAUCACAGUUUGUUAUCUACAUGUCAUAAACUAUCCCUUCAUUGUCUUGCGCUAAUCUCAAGCCUUUGCAAUUCUUGUCUCGAGAUGUUAAUUAACCUUUUCGCGACGAGCUUAUCUGCUAUAGUGGUCGCCCGUGAAAUUGCCAUUAUAAUGGCCACUCCUGUGUGUAAAGGCCAAUCACACUGGCGAUUACUUUUCAACCAAUCAGAGCAAAACAGCCAUCGAUUGAGAUUAGUGACUGUCACUUGGGAAAUGUUCUAUUUUAUAAUCGACAAUUAAUAGAGUGAUUGGCCUUAAGAUUUGUUGCUGCUCUUGGAUCGCAUACGAACGUUGUUAAGACAUCUUUCUCUCGGGUGCAUAAUAAUAACAAUCAUUUGUCUGAUAUUCUAAUUACUCUAAUGAUAAGAGAAGUGUAUUUCUGGCCUGAAGGUCAAACUCUGUUUUAUCUCUGCACUGGCUCUGCUGCAUAAUACAUGCGCGCGUCUCGUUCUCCCGUACAGCGAUAGCGUCCUAGACAAUACAAAUUUCUUAAGAAGGUUCUAAAAAUGUCUGAAAGUGCAAGACGUCUUUUGGAUGUCUUUAGGACACUUGUUAGAAAUUUGUGUUGUCUUGGAUAGUCAACUCCGCCGCGAAAAGGUUAAUUGGAAAACAAGUGUCACAAAAGAUUAACUGAAAAAAAGUAAUAUGUCACAAUUAGAUUUCCCUGUAUCCUCGUUUAAUAGUAUUUUUUUUUUUUUUAAGUAGGAUAUUUAGUUUAUAAAUAAUGUAAAACCCAAUUUUGUAAUAAGUGUUGAUAUGUUAAA